AUGUCUGAGCUGGAGCCCAUCACAGUUUAUGUUCACAGCGCUGGUCCGAACCCUUUCAAGGUGACUAUCUUGCUGGAGGAACUUGCUGUCCCUUACACAACGAUUGUUGUCGAGGACCCUAAAGAGGAUUGGUUUGUCGCAAUCAACCCCAAUGGCAGAGUGCCGGCUAUCAAAGACCCCAACAGCGAUAUCGUUCUCUGGGAAUCUGGAGCCAUCAUGGAAUAUCUGGUUGAGACUUAUGACGUAAAUCAGAGACUAUGUGGUACAAGCACAUCCAGCAAAUGGGAGAUCAAACAGUAUCUACACUUCCAAGUGUCUGGACAGGGCCCGUAUUACGGACAAGCUAUGUGGUUUCAUAAAUGCCCUCAAGAUAUCCCUCUCGCGAAGGAACGUUAUGUCAACGAGAUAGCCCGGGUCAUCAGUGUACUUGACAAGGUCCUCGCUGGAAGGAAGUACCUUGUCGAUGGCAAACUAACUUAUGCCGAUCUCGCAUUCGUACCAUGGAACCGGGUUGUCAGUCAGCAUCCCUUCUUUAAAACAUCUUUGUGGGAAAAACACACCAUUCUGAAACAAUAUCCCAGCUUUUCGGCUUGGCAAGAACGUCUCAAUGAUCUCCCUUCUGUAAAGGCUGCCUACAAGUAA